AUGUCGACCCUACCACCCGACGUCACCGGCAGGUCCAAUGAAUCAUUUUUCGCGAACAUCCUAACACCUGGCAGCAUCCAUGUCUUCGCCCUCAUGGCAAUUGAACUGUGUCUUUGGGCCAGCGUCAAGUGGUUCGUUAGCGAGCUGAAGAAAGUGCCAGUUCAGGUGGAAGCAGAGCAAGAUGAAGGAAAGCUGAAGGAAGAGUAA